AUGGAUCAACAACUCUUACUAUACACCUCUCUUUCCUUUAUCAUCAUCCUGAUCUUGGCUUGUUACAAGCUCUUCUUCCAAACCAAGAAACGACACUACAAAAACCUACCACCAUCACCACCCUCUCACCCCAUAAUCGGCCACCUCCAUCUCCUCAAACCACCACUCCACCGAGCUCUGCACAUUCUUUCAUCCAAAUACGGCGACGUUUUCACACUCUGGCUCGGGUCACGCCGCGCGGUCAUCGUCUCAUCCCCUUCCGUCGUAGAGGAAUGCUUCACUACAAACGACAUCGUUUUCGCCAACCGCCCACCUUUCCUCAUGGGCAAGCACGUAGGCUACAACUACACCACCAUCCUCUCCUCCUCUUACGGCGACCACUGGCGGAACCUCCGCCGUAUCGGGGCCAUCGAGAUCUUCUCCUCCGCCCGUCUCAACCUCUUCCUCGAUAUCCGUAAAGACGAGAUCAAGCGACUCCUCUUUAAAAUCUCGCGAAGUAGAAGCAGCAGAGUGGAGCUGAAGUCAAAACUACAGGAGCUGAGUUUCAACAUCGUACUGAGAAUGGUGGCCGGAAAACGGUACUACGGCGAUGACGUCACAGAUGAGGAGGAGGCUGAGAAGUUUCGAGAGAUUAUGAAAGAGGUUCUUGCGAAUUCCGGAGCUGGAAAUCCGGCUAAUUUUUUGCCGAUACUGAAUUGGAUUCCGAAUGGUUAUGAGAAGAAGGUGAAGAGGCUUGCGAAGAAGACAGACUCAUUCUUCCAGGGUUUGAUCGAAGAGCAACGGAGUAACAAAGAUGGGAAACGGAACACCAUUAUCGACCAUUUACUUUCUUUGCAGGAGUCUCAACCUGAAUAUUACACUGACCAAAUCAUCAAGGGCUUCGUACUGAUAUUAUUGUUUGCUGGAACUGAUACAUCAGCAGUGACACUAGAAUGGGCAAUGUCCAAUUUAUUGAAUCAUCCUUAUGUUCUAACAAAAGUCAAAGCUGAGCUAGACUCUCAAAUCGGUCAACAACAAUUGGUGGAUGAAUCAGAUCUUUCUAAACUCCCUUAUCUCCAAUGUAUCAUUUCUGAGACCUUACGAUUGUAUCCAGCUGGUCCACUUCUUGUACCUCACUACUCCUCAAAUGAUUGCACCAUUGGCGGAUACGAUGUGCCAUGUGACACUAUUUUAUUGGUCAAUGCAUGGGCCAUACAUAGAGAUCCUAAAUUGUGGGAUGACGUCGAGAGUUUCAAGCCUGAAAGGUUUGAGAACAUUAAUGGAGACGAAGAAGGAUACAAACUAAUGACAUUUGGACUUGGAAGACGAGCUUGUCCUGGAAAAGCCCUAGCCCAACGCAUGAUGGGCUUGACAUUAGGGUCCUUGAUUCAAUGCUUUGAUUGGGAGAGAGUUGAUGAUGAUAAAAUUGAUAUGGCGGAAGGUAAAGGACUCUCUAUGCCUAAAGCAGUGCCAUUAGAAGCUUUGUUUAAAGCUCGCCCUAUCAUGAGAAACUUUUUCUCCCAGUCCAUUAAUAAUGACAUUUAA